AAGUAUUGGAUAACGGAGUAUUACUAAAAUACUAGUACGCUGUACACGGCAUUAUUUCCCUGGAGAUGGAGCACCGUGGCCGGUGCAACCGACGCACGCACGCACGGUGACGCCCCUCCCUGCGUCGCAAUGAAUUGAGGGCUCAUGGGCUUGGGGAUCUCCAACCUGUCACGGUGGGUGACGGGGUGGUCGGUCGCGAGCGCACGAGGAGGCCCUCUCAUACGCACGCCGUUUCUCCCAUCCCCCGCAACUCCGCAAGCAUUCCUCCCUCCCAUCCACCACCCGCCUCCGCGCGCCGCGUGCCCUCAGCCUCCCUGUAUAUUUACCACGCACCAGUGCACCACGCCGAGCAGGCCAACGCCCAGCUACACCACGCAGUCACAUCCGCCUCAACGCACCAAGCUCUUCCCGUGCACGUGUGGUAGGCAGAACGUGCGCGGCGAUCUCGACGAAAUGGACGUCGCGGCAGACGCGACAGCUUGGCCGCCGGGGUGGUCGCUGGUCCGCGGCUACUUCUCCCCGGCGACGCUCUUCCUCCUGCUCAACGUGGUCAUCGGCACCAUCGCGCUCACCUCCCGCGCGUCCCACCGCCGCCGCCAACACCACCACGACGAGCACUACAAGGCACAGCACCACCAUGACCACCAUGAUGAGCCGCAGCGCUGCCAUGAUCAGUACGCUCCACCGCCACCCGCGCCGCUCGAGCGCACGUCGUCGGUCAUGGAGCGGCUGCGCUCCUUCGGCCUCUACCGCUUCCGCUCCGGCGACUUCCCUCCCGAGUACAACCUCUCCGCCGCCGGCGCCAACGCCAUCUGCGACGAGAGCGAGAAGCAGCAGGCGCAGUACACCCGGAGCCGGUCGGAGCCUGCUGCUCGGCCCGCGCCGCCGCCGGUGGAGAAGAGAGGCAAGGCGGAGAACGCUGCCGCCGCCGGCGCCGCCAGAGCGAAGGUGGCGGUCAAGAAGUCGUCGAGCUCGGAGGUGAGGAAGCUGGAGCGCGCCCCGGCGCAGGCACAGCGGCAGGUACUGCAAGUGCAACGCGCGCAGCCGCCGCCGCCGAGGGCGCCGGCCCCGGCACCGGCACGCGCCGUGAAGUCGGCGGCGAGGGAGGAGGUGGAGACCGCGCAGGUUGGGCUCGCCACCGCGAGCAGCGUGGACGCGAGGGCGGACGACUUCAUCAACAAGUUCCGGGAGCAGCUGCAGCUGCAGCGGCUCAACUCGCUGCUCAACUACAACGAGAUGCUCAACCGCGGCACGUAGCUCGAUCGCGCGCGCGCGCUCUCAAACCGCGGCGCCGGUGCAGAUGCAAAAGGCGGCUCGGCGACCCAUGCGUUUAGAGUGGUCACUGUGUACGCGUUGUUUGUAAACGGCAAUUAGUUUUCAAUUUUGGGUGUUUUUGAAGUUCAUUUAUCUCGUGUAUGUUCGACUCAGGUAGUACUCGAAUUUGCCCGACUCGAGAGUCGUGGUAACGAGGCGCCCAGCGUCUGAAUCUGUUCCGUGUAUAAUUCAAAGCGGAAAGUCUAGAUUAAAGUCUCACUGAAACAAUCAAGUAUGGGAUGUGUUUGGCAGAA